AUGGCAUAUACCCACCGCAACGAACUAGCAAAACGCCUCCGCGCCCUGCACAUCUCAGGCACCCCUCUACUCCUCACCAACGCCUACGACGCCGCCUCAGCCACCGCAAUAGCCUCCCACCCCUCAACAAAAGCCCUAGCAACAGCCUCCUUCGCCAUAGCCGCCACCACAGGCGUCUCCGACCCCGACCUCACACUCUCAGACAACCUCAUCGGCAUCUCCCGCGUCGCGAAAGUCGCCGCUAAACACAACCUCCCCCUGACGGUAGACCUCCAAGAUGGAUACGAAGACAUCGCAGCCAGUAUCACCCAGGCAAUCGAGGCGGGUGCCGUAGGCGCGAACAUCGAAGAUGAAAACCACGCCACCGGCCAGCUUCGCGAUGUAGAGGAUGCAGUGCAUCGGAUUCACUUAGCCCUCACCGCAGCCCGCGAAGCUGGCGUUCCGGAUUUCUGUCUCAAUGCCCGUACCGAUGUCCUGGCCUAUGGCGGUUCCAUCGACGAUGCUAUCGAGCGAGGCAAGCGAUAUCUUGAGGCCGGGGCGGUGACAGUCUUCGUUUGGGGUGGACCGAAGGGGAGGGGCGUGCAUGAUGGGGAGAUUAGACGGUUGGUGGAGGCGUUGGAUGGGAGGGUGAAUGUUAAGAUGAAUUUGCGGGAGGGGUACUUGAAUGUGAACGAGUUGGGGGAGAUGGGAGUUGCGAGAGUUAGUGUGGGGCCGGAGAUGUUUUGGAAGGCUAUGGAGGGGUUGAGUAGAGCGCUGGAGGAUGUGGUGCGGAAGGCGAGGUGA